CUCACAAUAUGUUGUUGCUGGAUAUUUUUCAAAUGACUCAUAGAUUUGGUUGGGAUAGUACUCCAACGUUUUCCUCUUUCCCAUAGAGGGCGGUAUGGCAAUGUCAACUCAAAGGUAGGCUUUUGCUCCACAAUUUCUGUAUGGUCCAUGAAAUCCUGCAAGUCCAAAUAACUCUUUAUUGUGAAAACCUUACAUCUCCUAUAAAUUACGACUUAAAAUAAUGCGAUUUCAACUCGAAGGAGGACACAUUAGGCUAUUGUAUUUUCAAUUAACUGUGCUUGCAUUUCAUAAGAGACUAUACGAAACUGUCAUUUUAUUUGCGUAUAUAAAUGACAUCUAUCAAUAUGGUCACGGCUGUAGUAACAUAGCAAGCGUAGAAAGACGCCUGUGCGGUGUCCCUCUCGUUUCCCUAGAAAAACGGAAAGUUAGGUUAAAUUCUGUAUACCUGAAAACCGGCACAUUUUUGCCAACGCCGCUAUAGUGCGGCUGUAGUAUGAAGUCCGAUUUGCUAUUGGUGAGCACAGAUUUCGCUGUAACUUUAUUUUUUAUGUUUAUGGCACCUGCUAUUCCCAGGUGGUCUCCGGUCCCGGUACUAACCAGGCCGAUGGUAUGGCCACGAGUAUAUAUUUUUUGUCCCCGAAUUAGGUCCCUUGGCUCAUCUCUGCAACUACUCAAUGCGAUCGGGAGAGGUGAAGGUUGAGUCAUGUGUCCUCCGAAAACAUGACCCUCCUGGCCGCCUACCUCUGCUCAACACUGCUCGCUUAAACCGGAUGUUAGCCGCACCAAUGUGUCGGAGGAGCCAAGGAAAGCCCCACCGGCCAAACCAUCCCCUACCCCGGACAUCGCUGGGCCAAUUGUUCGCAGUUCUAUCGGGGCCACGGCCAGUUACGACAAAACCUGGGAUCAAAUCCCAGGCUGAUGUCGCUCAAACUUAUCUUCGUUCAAAUGAUAAGGGGGUUGUACAUAUCAUGUGACAUUCCUAAAACUGUACCUGCCUUUCAGCGAGAAGCGACGCCCACAAGCCAAGCACAAUGGAUCGGUAACGGUUAACUUUGAUGGAAAACAAAAGUAGCCAAACUAAACCACAUCCGUUUCACGUGACAAGUUACAUGGAAGGCUUUAAGAAUUUAUUGGAGACGAAAAGUGAACCAAAUAUUUAGAAGUUGCGCGUCACAAUCCACGGGGAUUCCACAGAGGGCUGAUCACUGCAGAACUGCGUAUUCAUGCAAAUUCAAAAAAUCAUAGGCGUGCCUUAGGAGAUGGAGUCACAGCCCGAACACAGAACUCCUGGUAUACCAACGAGCACCAAAGACGGUGAUGCGCACAGCUCGGAUACACUGAGUGACAACCGACGAGGAAACGUUUCACGCUCUUUAAAGAAAGGAAAAAGGAAGAAGUGACGACUAUCUUUUUAGAGAAGAUCUUAUUUACUGACUUCCCUUAUCUCACGACAGAAGACGCGCGAGUCAUCCGGAGUACGCAGCUGUCAUUUCUUUACUGCGCAUUGAGUAGCCUAGCCUAUUUCGCCUUGAUUUGAUUUAUGUUACAGUAUAAUAUAGAGGAGAUACUGCACUCUGACUGAAGAUACCGAUGUGGAUGAAGUUGACAUUGCCCCUCUAUAGCCUACUGUCACUGCGCGUAAAAUCCACAUUUGGAUACGGACCUGUCGCUAAAGAAACUUUAUAGUCAAUUGCCGUUUUAAUUUUCUCCACAAUGUCUGAAGAAGUUAAUAGCUGCACUGGUGCUAGUACUAUAACUGAGGUUGAAAGCAGAAAUAUCAGCGUUCUCAGCUGGGAACAAGUGCAGCGUCUUGAUGCCAUCCUGACCGAGACCAUUCCCAUCCACGGCCGGGGAAACUUCCCCACUUUGGAGAUGAAACCCCGACAAAUAGUGAAGGUGGUGCGUAGUCGCAUGGAGGAGAGGAAUAUCCACGUCCGGGACGUGCGGCUAAACGGGUCUGCUGCAAGCCACGUUCUUCAUGAGGAUAGCGGACUAGGCUACAAGGACCUUGACCUAAUCUUUUGCGCGGAUAUGAAAGGGGAAAGUGAUUUUCAGAUUGUGAAGGAUAUCGUUUUGGACUGUCUCCUGGACUUCUUACCUGACGGGGUGAAUAAGCAGAAAAUAUCACCAUUGACUUUAAAGGAAGCCUAUGUGCAGAAGAUGGUGAAGGUGUGCAAUGACUCAGACCACUGGAGCCUCAUCUCUCUCUCCAACAACAGAGGCAAGAACGUGGAGCUCAAGUUCGUAGACUCUCUGAGGCGGCAGUUUGAGUUCAGCGUGGACUCCUUCCAGAUCAAGCUGGACUCCCUGCUGCUGUUCUAUGAAUGCUCUGAGAACCCCAUGACCGAGACCUUCCACCCCACCGUCGUGGGCGAGAGUGUGUUUGGGGACUUUGGUGCUGCCCUCGACCACCUACGCCAGAAGGUGAUCUGCACCCGCAACCCAGAGGAGAUCCGGGGCGGCGGCCUGCUCAAGUACUGUCACCUGCUGGUAAGGGGCUUUCACGCCGACUCCGAGACAGAGAUGAAGUCCCUGCAGCGGUACAUGUGCUCGCGCUUCUUCAUCGACUUCUCGGAUAUCAGCGAGCAGCAGCGCAAGCUGGAGUCCUACCUGCAAAACCACUUUGUGGGCCUGGAAGACCGCAAGUACGACUACUUGAUGACCCUGCAUGGGGUGGUCAACGAGAGUACGGUGUGCCUGAUGGGACAUGAGAGGCGGCAGACACUGGGGCUGAUCGCCAUGCUGGCGGUGCGCGUGCUGGCCGAGCAGAACGUCAUCCCAAACGUGGCUAACGUCACCUGCUACUACCAGCCAGCCGCUUACGUGGCAGAUGGUAACUUCAGCAACUACUACAUAGCCCAGGUACAGCCCAUGUUCCCCUGCCAGCAGCAUGCCUACUCCACCUGGCUACCCUGCAACUGACACAGCACAGGGAAAGGAAGGAGUGAGAGAGAAAGAGGGAGAGUCUGGUUCAUUUAUCACUGUAAAGUGUUUUUCAGAUGAAUGAAUGAGACAAAAGGUAUCCCCAUGCCCCACAAUCCUGUAUUGAAUUUAAAUGUGUUAUGUUCUGUUAGAGUGUGAUGGGGGAAAGAAAAUAGCAGCUGGGUCUCAGCUCCUGCGAGGUCAGUCUUAAACCAAUGGCAGGACAGUUUACUGUGAAAAUGCCUGUCUGACACACAACCCAAGCUUGGGAAGUAUGGGAUGGGGUUUUGCCCAAUACAAUGCAAACAAUGAUGGACAAGAAUGAAAGCCGUAACAAUACUUUCAUUGACACUGACCUGGAUUGACUGACUCUGUUGCGAACUGAAAAGGCUGUGGAAUUGAGCGAUAGACGGAACAUAAUGUGGGGCUGCAUCUGUGUUCUGUGGUGUCCAGCUGCCUCCUUGGCCGGAGGAUCCAGGCCCCUUUGCUCUCUGAGGGGUGUGUGGCUUGCACCCUGACGCGCGCUGGGCAAUGUCCCAGCAACACAGGGGUUACUAGAGCACCAUAAAACUCUCUUUAUUUCUGGUGAGGUGAGUUGUCAUCACGAGCUUGGAAUGACAGAAACUACACCUUAACUAGUAAUGAUUGAUAUGAACAUGAUGAUGCGUUUACAAACCAAAGAUUUUUCAUUUAUUGUUUUUAAUACCCAAGUUUGGUGGGGAAGAAAACAAAUGUAUAAUGCUAUCUAUAUUUGUAUAUGUGAACGUGUUUUAAGUGCCUAACGCCUAUCAGUAGUAUAGGCAGAGGAAUAAUGAGCAGCAGGCCAUAUUGUUUUGUGAAUAAAUCCAGUCUGGUUUUCAUCAGGCACACAAGACAAUAGCACCCCAGAGGCUUGUGAAUGUAACCGUAAAAUCCUGAUUCAAAUCCUGAUACAGUCUGUGUUGAUGUCAUAUUUUUUGGAAGACAACAUAUCCCCUUGCAGUCAUAGAGUAUUAGUCGAUGGGGGAGAGAUUGGGGUUUUGCUGUACUUUGUACAAAGUAGUUUGACAGGUUGAUACAAGACCUUGCGUUAACAUUUGCCGAUAUUUUAAACAUUCCAGCUCCAAUUAAUGAUAACAGUACCUCCUCAUAGGUGCGUUGACGCCACGGAGACUAGAGCGUUGUUUGCUGUUGCUCUCCCGUAGUCAUUUUCAGACAAACAAAACUCCACAGGAAUAUUAGCUCGUGCCGUGGUGCAUCUACCGAGAUGGUUUAACAUUGUUUCGUCGUUGUUCAUGUUGACAGCUUUGGUGAGCUUUUCGGAUGUCGGCGUUAAAGAAAGGCGACGUCCUGUCGUUUUCAGUUUCAUCAUAUGGAUCACUGUACAUUCAGUUUCACAUGGUUUCAACUUUACUGUAUUUUGUAUUGGGGGUGCUUCUCUUUUAACUCACCUUUUUGUAGCAAGUUCACAGCAGGCUGAGGGAAUGGAAAAACCUGUGUCGAUAGAAAUGGAUACAGAAGGAGAGAGAGACCGAACGGAUCAAAAGGCGAAGAGACCGUCUGUGUGUUCCGGUGCUGCCUUCUAGUAUGAUAUUCGCUGAGACACCUGUGAUGAUGGGGACAUUAUUUGCUGUAACACCCUAGCAGGGAUUUACGCAGCUGCCAAAGCGGUUGAACUUAUCUGGGCUGUGUCUGUAGUGUAUGCGCUCGCUUUGGGUGGGCUCAAACCUACCAGCAAAUGUUGUGCCAAAUGUUUAUCUGCCGCUUGCCCAGUGUUGAAUGAGUGUUCGGCCWUUUGUCGAUGGGGAGAGAGGUUGAGGAUGUGUUGUUUUUAUAUCGAGGUACAGAUAUUGAGCUGUAGGGGGAAAAAACAUGUGAGGGACAGAGGAAAAUGUGAGAGGCUGGGCUGGGGAGAUAGGUGCAGCUGGUGAAGGGGUUUGUCUUGCUUUCACCACAGACAGACAGACAUACAGACAUACAGUGGUAAUACCUCUUUCUCCCAUCUUAAGAUGACCUAAGCAGAGAGAAUAGGCAGGAGAGAGAGGGGUUCUGGUACACRCAACACAACUUUAGGGAGGUAGCCUAUUAAGCCUAGCUUUACCUCUUAUGUCAGGGCCUCUUCUCUGGGGGACUAAACAGAUAUCCUCGCAUGCCUUAUGAGCUUUGAUAACAUUUCCUGGGUUGGUGCACUGCCAUGCUAUUACUGUAAAUAACCUUUUAAAUGAGGCUAUGCUAUGCUGUAAGGUCCAAGCCCAUUGGGGAAUACUGUCUCAUGCUAAUUCAUGCCAUUUCUCAACAUAACAUCUGAAAUAUGUUCCUCAACUGAUCGGAAUUGAUUUUUGACGUAAAGAUGAAAAUGAACGAUGAUUCAUCACCAGUAUUGUGGAUCUCGGGGUGAGAGACAGUGUUAUUAAAAAUAGCAACAUCGGUGUGCACUAUACAAAUCUAAAGUGUGUAUCUUUUAGAGAAGAAUUAAACGGUGUGUUCACUUUGGGUGGGAUUCCUGGCUUCCCACUUCUGUACAAAUGGGUCAUGUCACACCUCUUUCGGACAUCUUAAGGAAACUACUCUCUUUGUCUCCACUGAUGAGAUCCUACUCUUGUCCUCUCUCCUCUCCCCUCACUCCCAUAAUGUGCAAGCAGUAAUGCAGCUCCCUUAGGGAGAAAGUGAAUGGACAUCUAAUGGAGUUCUACGGGGCGGAGGCACUCCAAAGGGGAUGUGAAUCGACUUCGGUGACCACUGUGUGACCGUAACCCGGGUGGUCAAGAGAACAGAGAGAGAGAUGCACUCGACUCAAAUCAUUCUGUAGACUCCUUUUUCUCUAUUUUGCUAUUUCACACAUUCUGSUCUAACAUUUUUCUUUUUGACUGUGUACAUUUUGAUGAUAUUGUCUGGAUUGUGCAGGCGCUGUGURUUCUCAUCUCUUCUCACUCUGUGAAAUUGGCUCAGAACAGUUAAGCCGGCACCAGUCUACCAUGUAGUUGGCAAGCAACACACAGGCUACUAUGGGUUGCUGCAUUGUCUUGUAUGCAUUGUUUCAACUUUUCACCUCSUAUUCAUGCAGUCUUUUUCAAUCAAACCAACUAAAAUAGAAAAAGAGCCUGCCUCGUAAUUUUUUAUGAUUGUUCUUUUUUAAUAACCGUAUCAGACCAUGUUGCAGCGCUUUGGAGUCUGUGAUCAGUUUGCAAAAUGUCAUUUCUCAGCUUACAUUUUUUUCCCCAGAUCUCGUUAAUGUCUGUUUCGACGAUAAAGGAUGUUUUCAUCAUUAAAAAAAAAAUGAAAACCACA